AUGGCAGAAGAGGCAGACGGCGGAGUGUCUUCACGGGCGGAGAGGAAAGCGUUAGAAAAAGCUAAAAUACUGCAGCGGGAGAGCGAGAGAGAAGUCUUCAGACUGGUUGGACGGGUCCUGAAGAAACCAGAGGCUGAGCGGUCAGAGGAGGAGGCGGCCGUGCUGCAGCUGCACAGAGACACUGUGGAGGAGCUCUGCAGGAGAGAAGUCCGCAGAAAUCUGCUCAAGAGGAAGCAGGAGGAGGUGUUUGAUGAUGCUGAUGAGCUGAAGAGUAAAGUCAGAGAGCUGGCUGCAGCAGUCAAACAAGCAAAACACUUUGUGGUUUACACUGGAGCUGGGAUCAGUACGGCAGCUUCCAUCCCGGAUUACAGGGGCCCUAAUGGGGUGUGGACACAACUACAGAAGGGCCGAACAGUCAGUUCGUCUGAUCUGAGUAAAGCCGAGCCAACCUUCACGCACAUGUGCAUCAGGACACUUUAUACGGAAAUGUUGGUGAAGCAUGUUGUGUCUCAGAACUGCGAUGGACUUCACUUACGCAGUGGUCUUCCCAGACACGCCCUGUCCGAGCUCCAUGGAAACAUGUUUAUUGAGGUGUGUACGUCCUGUUCCCCUGUCAGGGAGUACGUGCGUUUAUUUGACGUGACAGAGCGGACGUCGCUCCACCGCCACGGGACAGAUCGCAAGUGCAUCCACUGUGGCGGUGAACUCAAGGACACAAUAGUGCACUUUGGAGAACGCGGGACGUUGGAGCAACCUCUCAACUGGAACGGAGCCACAGAGGCUGCCAAGAACGCGGACGUUAUCCUCUGCUUAGGCUCCAGUCUGAAGGUGCUGAAGAAAUAUGCUUGUCUAUGGUGCAUGAACAGACCAGCAAGCAAGAGGCCCAAACUCUACAUUGUCAACCUCCAGUGGACCCCAAAAGAUGAUCUGGCCGUACUGAAAAUUAAUGGCAAGUGUGACGAUAUCAUGAGCCUUCUCAUGGAGGAGCUGAACGUUCAGGUUCCUGCAUACGACAGGGUGAAGGACCCGAUCUUCAGCCUGGCCACACCACUGCGUCCAGAGGAGGUAGACAGCUAUACUCGUGACCUCAUAUCUCCCCCAGCUGGGCAGGAGGACUGCUCUGGGGACCCCGGGGACCAGGCAGAAGCCACAGCUGUGCAGGGCGGCUGGUUCGGACGAGGCUAUGGCAAAGGAAGGAAGAAGAAAAAAGCUGCAUGAUCAUGCCAAAUUAGCAGACUGUAUAAAUUAUAGUCAAGUAUGUUAUGAUUAAUCCCAAUGAGUGAUUCAACUCUCAGUCCCCUGAUGAUGAUGAGAUGGAUUUCAAUCUUUAGGGUGCUGUUAUGUUUAUGAUGUGAUGUCUUUUGGCUACUUUGGUAACAUUAAGUGACAUGCAGUGUGUGUGUGAAGGGAAGUCUGGAUUUUUGCCAUAUGAAAAUGGCACUUUGCAUCAUGACUAUAUUAUUUUAUACAGCAUUCUGAGUAGAAGGAAGAUCUAUCAGUGGCUCCUGUUAUGCUGCUGUUGUUUCUUAUGUUACUGCUUUUACGGCAGCUAAGCUAGCUUGGUUAAAAUCCAAAGAAAGUUCUGAAACCACUCCUGUAACAUAAUCCUGUCUGCUUCCCCUUUUAUAUACUCCAUAUAUCACAAACACUCAUGUUUUUACAGCAACCUUCAAAGGCUGCAGUUUAUUGAAUGAGUCAGAACACAAGAUUUUUUUGUGGAGUGUCGUUUUAAAUUCUAUUUAAUGUGUAUUGGAUUAUUGUUUUUUUACCAAGUUGGUACAUUACUUUAGAUAAUUUAAACUGCAUUAUAUAGAUGCAAAUGGCCAUUGAAAUACUGGUGCCUGAAGUGUUAGAUUGGUGGUAUUGUGGAGAUGCUGUUUUAUAAGUGACAGAUAGAAAAACAGCAGCACACUAAUAGCCAAUUGUCAAGUUCUGUGCUGCCAAUUUUUACUGAGAAAAGAUUUUCAAGGAGGUCAAACAUUUGCUACAUGUAGAGAAAAUCAUAUUUUUGUAGUCUUUUUUCAAAUGUCAUUGACUUGAAUUGUUGAAUGUACCUUUUCCAACAGAGCUCAUUUGUGUUGAUUGUGACUGAAAAGGUAUUUUGGUUUACUUAAAUUAUUUCCUGACUUCACAGUUGACUUUCACUCUGCUGUCAGUGAUUCUCAGGUUUGCAGGCUAACACAGUACAAACCCUGGUUUACUGAAGUUGUUGAUUUUGAGUUUACAUUUGUAUCUUUUUUUCUGCAGACGAUGCAGAUACUCUCCUGCUGUCACCCCUCUGUUACAGCAGUGUAAGAAGGAAAGCUGAUUUUGAGUUUUGACUUGAAUUUUUUUAAUUAUUUGUUGCUUUGCAUCAUGUUAAGUUACUGUUUGCCUAGCAGACAGAAAAUGACCAAAUAGGUAUCUAUUCAUUUGUGUCAGGAAGAUCCAGUAGUAUUACUAACAACAUUAUGUACCUUAAAGUGUCAGAGAUUCUGAAAGGCCAAAGUAGUGAUGGUGAGCUAGUGUUCAGCAUUCCUAAACCUCCCACCAGUGCUAAAAGUGCAUGUGAAGACUCAUUUGUUUCCUCUGUGUUUUACAAAAAAGAAAAAUGUUAUA